GUCUGUCACCAAGGCGCAUUGCUUAGAGCAUGUGUCAACACGCCGUGGUGACGAAACGAUAGAAGCACGACAGCGUCGAGAUCGCUUCGUUCCAUCGCUGUGCUUGUCACUUUGGCGAAGAUCGGCACAAGAAAAUGCACAUCAUCCAUAUGACGAUAUCCCGAAGUCGCGACGAAGGUGUCCGGAAAUUGGCUGCAUCACGUGGCUUUCGCCGGAUUUUUCAUGUGGUGGUGCUGCCAGAGCCACGUGACUUGGGAGAUCAUCUUGAAUGGUAUCGAGCAUGAAAUCUAUCCACAAGCACAUGUACUCGUCAUGAACGAUCCUCGAUGCUGUGCGUUUUCGUAUUGAAGCAUUCAUAUUGAUUUCAAUUGUCGAUUCAUCAACGGCGACAGCCGCACAGGAAUGGCGGCCAAGAGCAAAGCCAUGCAUGAACACGGGCUACGCUUGAGACACCAAAGGCUGGGAUUCACUGUUGGGUCUGGCUGGGGGCGAUGGGACCUUGGUGUUGAACUGAGUGAAGGCGGCCGCCGCCGUCAGCACGACAGCCACGGGCCACGAAAUCCAAGGACGCAGCGCGAAGAUUUUGAAAUAGUCGGACGACGAGACGAGGACAGGACCAGACAAGGCCGCGCCAACGUAAUGGACAGCAAAGAAGAUCCCCGUCGACGCCGACGACCAAAUGUAGAGUUGACGUUGGGGUUCGGCAUCUGCGUACACCAUGAAGAACCCGGUCGAGAUGGCCAAAAAGAUCGCAACAAAGAGACAUGUCACCCAAGAGGUAGCGCUCGGGACGCCAAAGUAGAUGGCGCCGCUGGGUUCGGUCACGGUUUGGACGAGGAACAUCGAGUAGAUGGUGUACACUGCAUGCAACGGGAGAGCGGCAGCGACGAGCACAGGGCUGGCGCCUUCGACGAUCCAAAUCACAAUAGCCAGAGCGGGAAUGGCGGCCAAGCCCAAGUAGUAGGCGAAUUCACUGAUGUACUCAAUCGAGUACGAAAAGAUGAAGCAGAUCGAGACGGCUGCAACGAGCGCCGACAGCUUUGGGGCCAAGAUGCCGCGGAACGCGACGUACAGCGUCAAAGGAAGGAUGAAUACGCCAAAGAUGACUAGGUAGAUGCUUGUAAACAUGUCGCUGAAGUCGCCGAGAUCGCGGAGGGCAGAUGCCAUGUCGUUGUGAAUUCGAGUGCCA